AUGUCUAAUAAGGGACUCAAACGAAAGACAUAUGGCAAGAGAUCAUUGAAUUAUUCUAUAAAGAAUUCAAAGUUGAAUUUAAAUCAAGAGUCUAGCGAACAUUCUAGUCGAAGUAAUACUGAGCUUAGUGAUGAUUCUGCAAGCAGUUUUGAAUGCGAGGAUAGAGUACAGGACGAUGAAUCUUAUACGAAUGGUAUUUCCAAUCAGAUUAUAAAUGCAUUUGGAGUUCUGGAAGGUUCUAAUUUGAAAGUUGAAGAAGAUUCAGUAAGUAAUGGUGAGAAUGAAUUUAUAACAACUACCAACAGCGAAGAAGAAAAAAUUGCUGAUGCUGAUGAUGAACAACCGCUAGAUGAAAUUGAAGUGGUCAAGUUGAAGGAUACAAAACUACAUGUAAAAUAUGGUAGUCAUGAACUUAAGCAUUUAGGGUUGUUUGAUUCAAUACUUCAGAAAGUUCCAUUAAAAUUACAUAAAAGAAAGAAAAGAACUAUUAUAAAAGAAUUUACACAAAGGGAUUUCUUAAUAAAGAAACUUGAAGUAAGGGCUAAAUAUAACAAGGAAUUUAAGCUUCCACAAGUCUUAUAUCAUGAUGAAAUUAUUGAAGCAAUAAAACCAUAUAUGGAUAUUAUCAUCCAACUUCUAAAGGGCAAAUUGCAAUCGGUAUACUACGAUUCAGCCAAACAGGCAUUUCUGAAUUCCGAGAGAGCGAUAUUAUCAGCCCAUGAAUUCAGAGCUUUAGACCUCAAAAAAUUUCAAGCAGGAUAUUAUGGGUUGAGAAGACAACUAUGUGUUGGUGAAUAUAUUUAUGAUAUUUAUAAAGAAAAGAUAUGUUCCUUAAAAUCACCCACAGCUAGAUGGUGGGGUCCUAGAGACUUCUCAUCUUACGUAUUGGCACCAGAAUUAUUAAUCUCAGUUUGUAUUGAAGAAAUGGGGUUAAAAGAUGACCCAAACUACUUUGAUGACAAUAAUGAAGGAUCUGGAGAAUCAGCAAGAUCCAAAGCCUACUCAAUUCUGCAGGACACGGUAAAGUUUGGCCAAAUAGUAGCAGAUACCGAUCCAAUGCAACCGUGGGAAGUCCUAUCAGAGGAAAAAAAUAUAGAGAAUUUACAAUUAAAUGUCGCUAAAUAUUCCAGUCGCAAAUGGAGAAUAGCUCUACCGAAAGAGACAUAA